AUGCCUUCAUCAACUAACCCAACACAAGGUAAUAACAACGACAAUUGGUUUAAUCCAAUUCCAAUUGACGAUUAUUAUAAAAUCAAUGAACAAGCUCGUCAGAAUGUUCCAACUUCACCUCCUAAUGAUGAAACAUUAGGUAAUUAUACUAUUAGUUGUGGACCAAUUUUAAGAUUGGCUGGUACUUGGGAAAACAAUAAUGAUACUACUGAAGAUCCAAAUUAUCGUGGUAGUAUAUUAUUGGUAAUCAAAAAAGAUACUGAUGGUACUACUGCGAAUGAAACAGGACCAGCUAUUACUUAUAAAAUUGGUCCUUCAUCACCAUCAACUACGGUUGCUCUGGCCAAGUUUUCUACUGGUGAAUUUCCUGGGACAAAAUUUUAUCAAGAAAAUGAUUAUUCAUUUUAUAGAUAUUCAAUUGAAUUAACCUUGACGGGAAAUGAACAAAAAGUGGAAUAUUUCAUUGAUAAUCAUUUUAAACCCAAUUUCCAAUUUUAUUUACCUAGUAAAACUCAAUCGAUGAAUGUUAUAUCUUAUUCAUGUAAUGGAUUCAGUUUAGGUUCCGAUGCCAAUGAGUAUAAAUCAUCAUUAUGGUUAGAUGUAUUAACUAAACAUUCUCAACAACAUUAUCAUGUCAUGUUAGGUGGGGGUGAUCAAAUUUAUUGUGAUGCCAUUAAAUUACAUAGUGAACGAUUAAAACAAUGGACAGAAAUUUCUAACCCUAUAAAAAAAAAAUCAUUCCCCGUUGAUGAUGAAAUUAUUGAUGAAUUUAAAAAUUUUUAUUUAAAUCAUUAUUUAGGUUGGUUUGGUAAAGGAUUUUGGAAGGGGACUAAUUCUACAGUAUUAGAGUCUUUAUUCCCAUUAAGUGCUGCACAAAUCCCUUGUGUUAAUAUUUAUGAUGAUCAUGAUAUAAUUGAUGGAUUUGGUUCUUAUCAUGAUUCUACUAUGAAUGCCCCCAUUUUCACCGCUGUAGGUAAUAUUGCUUAUAAAUAUUAUAUGUUAUUUCAACAUCAUAUAAACCCGGAAGAAAAAUUACAUUUAUCAGAUCCAUCAUGGGUAUUGGGAUCAACUACAGGUCCAUUUAUUAAACAAAAAAAUCAUUCAGUAUUCAUGAGAUUGGGUAAAGAAAUUUCAUUAUUAGGAUUAGAUUGUCGUACUGAAAGAAAAUUAAAACAAAUUGUUAAUCCAUCAACUUAUAAUAUAAUUUUUGAUCGAUUGAAAAAAGAACUUACCACCACUACUACUGCUACUACUACUACAAAACAUUUAUUGGUUAUGUUGGGUGUACCGAUUUUAUAUCCUCGAUUAGUAUGGUUAGAAAAAGUAUUAACAUCAACUGCAUUAAUCCCCAUUAGAAAAUUGGCUCAAAAGGGUGUCAUUGCCAAAGGUUUAGUCAAUGAAUUUGAUGGUGAUGUUGAAGUUUUAGAUGAUUUAAAUGAUCAUUGGUGUUCUAAACAUCAUAAAGCAGAAAGAAAUCGUCUUAUCAAAAGAUUACAAGAAUUUGGUGCUGCCAAUGGAAUUAGAAUCACGAUAUUAUCUGGUGAUGUUCAUUUGGGUUGUAUUGGAAGAUUAAAAUCAAAAUUCCAUUCUCAUGCUCAUGCUCAUGCUCAUAAAUUCUUACAUAAUGUUGAAGGUGACCAUCAACUGACAGAAAAAUUAAAUAAAGAUGUUAUUGAAACUCCAGAAUAUGAUCCAAGAUUAAUAUUUAAUAUUACUAGUUCAGCUAUAGUUAAUGCACCACCUCCUGAUGCUAUGGCAACUUUAUUGAAUAAAAGAAGUGGUAUUCAUCAUUUUAAUCGUGAUACUGAUGAAGAUAUUGUUCCAUUAUUUAUUAAAAAUCUUGAUGGAUCAAAUCGUGAUAAUAAACAAUUUUUAAAUGAAAGAAAUUGGAGUGAUUUAAUUCUUGCCAAACAAUCAAUUCUUUAUAAAGAUCAAUUUACCAAUGAUGAUGAUGAUGAUGAAAAUCCAAUUCGUAAAUUUCCUCAACCAGUGCUUGAUAACAAAGGUGAAGAUUUAUUAAAAGAUCAAACUGUUGAUAGCAGACAUGUGAAAUAUCCAUUAUAUUCGGAUUCUUUGGUGACUACAUUAAGAUUUGAAAAAGAUAAAUCUGAUUUAAGUAGUCCAAGUGUUGGUUAUGAAGUUUUAAUUCCAAAAUUAUUUGGUAAAUAUAAAUUAGACCCAGCUCCAGUUAAACACGUUGAUCAAUAG